UUGCUAACUUUAAUAUAUCUUUAAACUCUUUCAAAGUAAUAUAGAAUCCCCUAGUUGAAGGACAAGGAUUGAAAAAGUAACCGCUCAUUUCCUUCAGUCAGUGGGCCCUUCAAUGGGCCCAAAAAAUAACCGCCAAACUGCUCCGUUCUGUUUUGCAUGCACCAUCUCCGUUUCGAGAAAAUAGAAAACAACUGAAUACUUGAAAACCGAAACCGCCAAAAAAUGACAAUACCGUUCCAGUCCCAUAGCACCCUAAUCAUCUUCUUCUUAGUUUAUUCCUUUCUUACAUUUCAUGUCGCCGGAAUUCAAAUCAUUUCCAAAUCAAAGCUCGAGAAAUGCGAGAAGAAUUCGAACUCCGACGAUCUCAACUGCACUACCAAAAUCGUAGUCAGCAUGGCUGUUCCCAGUGGCUCGAGUGGAGGAGAGGCGUCGAUUGUUGCAGAAUUGGUGGAGGUGGAAGAAAAUUCAACCACAAAAAUGCAGACAUUGCGGAUUCCACCGGUUAUAACGGUCAACAAAACUGCUGCUUACGCAGUGUAUGAAUUGACUUACAUUAGAGAUGUUCCUUAUAAGCCAGAAGAGUAUUAUGUUCAGACGCGAAAAUGUGAGCCAGAUGCUGGUGCAAAUGUUGUGAAGAUAUGCGAGAGACUGCGAGAUGAAGAUGGUCAUAUCAUCGAGAAUACUCAGCCAAUAUGUUGCCCAUGUGGACCCCAGCGGCGGAUGCCUUCAUCAUGUGGAAACUUCUUUGACAAAUUGACAAAAGGAAAGGCUAACACUGCACACUGUGUGCGCUUUCCAGGUGAUUGGUUUCAUGUUUUUGGCAUUGGGCAGCGAACACUGGGAUUUAGUGUUCGGAUACAGGUGAAGAGUGGAACUAAAGUUUCGGAAGUGGUUGUGGGUCCUGAAAACAGAGCAGUGACAUCUGAUGAUAAAUUUUUGAAGGUUAAUCUUAUAGGAGAUUUUGUUGGUUAUACAAAUAUACCAAAUUUUGAGGAUUUCUAUCUUGUUGUUCCAAGGCAGGGUGGCCUUGGUCAACCACAUGACUUAGGGAGAAACAUUUCUAUGUGGAUGCUGCUUGAGAGGGUCAGAUUUACUUUAGAUGGUAUUGAAUGUAACAAAAUUGGUAUCAGUUAUGAAGCUUUUAGUGGACAACCAAACUUUUGCUCUUCACCCUUUUGGAGUUGUUUGCAUAAUCAAUUGUGGAAUUUUUGGGAGGCUGACCUGAAUCGAAUAAGUAGGAAUCAGGUGCCACUCUAUGGUUUGGAAGGAAGGUUUGAAAGGAUAAAUGAGCAUCCAAAUGCUGGGAGUUUCUCUUUUUCCAUUGGAAUAACGGAGGUUCUUAAUACAAAUAUUGUGAUAGAGUUAAGUGCCAAUGAUGUAGACUAUGUUUAUCAAAGGAGCCCAGGAAAGAUCAUAAGUGUAAGCGUCCCUACAUUUGAAGCCCUUACUCAAUUUGGAGUUGCUACAAUCACAACUAAGAAUACUGGUGAAGUGGAAGCAUCAUAUAGUUUGACGUUUAAUUGCUCCAAAGAUAUCACCCUGAUGGAGGAGCAAUAUUUAAUCAUGAAGCCAAAUGAGAUUACAACCCGAUCAUUCAAAAUCUACCCAAACACUGAUCAAGCUUCCAAAUAUUCCUGUGCAGCCAUAUUGAAGGACUCUGAUUAUAGUGAAGUUGAUAGAGCUGAGUGUCAAUUUACUACUACUGGAACUGUUCUUGACAAUGGAACACAGGGUAUGCCUUUUCAACCACCAGAGACCGGUAUAAAUGGUUUCUUUGAUUCUAUUGAAAGCAUGUGGAAUAAACUAUGGACUGGCUUUAUAGAAUUUAUUACCGGAAAAUCUUGCAGACAGAAAUGCUCUCGAUUUUUUGACUUCACGUGUCACAUACAAUACGUAUGCUUGAGCUGGAUAAUGCUGUUUGGUCUGUUUUUGGCAAUUUUUCCGACAGUGUUUGUGCUAUUAUGGCUUUUGCACAUGAAAGGUCUAUUUGAUCCUCUUUAUGACUGGUGGGACGAUACUUUUGGCGCUGAUGAGCAGUUCAUCAUGAACAAACAUAAAUUCAAAAUUGACAAGGGACACCACCAUAAUCGUGACAACAAGCAUUAUAAACAAGGACUCGGGCACCCUGACCUUCGUGCUCCAAGUAGGCGAAAGACCAGUUAUGAGCACAAUCACAAGCACAAACAUUCUGAAAGGAAUUCUGAUUACUUUGAUCAUUUACACCAUGUUCAGAAAGAUAUGCACAAGCAUAGACAUAAAAAACAUAUGGAUAUUUUGCAGCAUAUUGAUGAUAAAAAUCCUGCACAUCACAAACACAUAAAGGAACAAUACCCUUCAACGGGACUGAUCAAAGAGCCAAAGCAUGAUAAAGUAAGGCAAGCAAAUUAUGACAAACACAAACAAGUUUUGGUAUAUGAUCCUGGUGCUUAGUAGAGAAAGCUGCAGCCAGACUUUAUAAUUCAAUGCCGUCAGUGAUCUCUUAGAAAGUACAAUGUUUUAGUCUUUUAGAGCAACUUUUUAUCUACUUUAUAGAAUCAUAGGUAUAUCAUUUAUCUUUGCUUUGUUUCCACUAGUCUUCGUUCUCUGUUUCUGUUCCUUUACAAUUGGGUGUGGAGGGCAAGAAUUGAGGAAUGAAACUUAUUGAACAGUGGAUUUAGAUUGUAACAUUGUUGUCACGUGGUAUAUAUUUGUAUAGUAAAUAUGUAAUCUGAAACAUUUACACUCUUACAAAGUGGAACUUCCCUU